UCCACUCCCGCUCGCUCCGUUUCAUCCCCAUUCCCUCUGCUGCUCUCUCUUCUCAGGGUUUCUGUCCCAUUUAUUCGUGAUUAAGAGAUUUGCGAAUGAAUCUCGGUAGGAGCUCCAAUACUCGAAGCCUUCUCUGAUCUCGCUCCGUUACCCUUCCAAUGGCAUUGGGAAGUCCGAGUAAGCAUUUGAAGCAUGUAAAUGCCAUUGUUGAUGGUGGUUUUGAUCACCUGACCUUUGAUUUUCCCAGCUCUGUGGCAUCCGAGACAAGGAAAAUUGCUCUUGCUGCAAAGGGCAAGGAAAGUCCUCAAGAACCAAGGUCAGCACUAGGCUGUAAAAGGGCUCCAUUUUCGUGGAAGCCAGAUUUAUGCCAGCCAUCUGUGAGUUUGGACCCAAGUUUGAUUGUUGACCUUCUUCAAGAUCCGAAUGAGUAUUUCUUGGCCCAUGAAAGGCUUGACAAUGCCAAAGAAGAAUUACGAAGACAGAGGGGUGAAAAUAUGACUCACUUAAAGGAUUGCAGUCUAUUGAAAACUAAACGAAAUCGUCGACCAGGAAUUCGAGGGAAAUCAGUCUGUUAUAAGCAUCAUUUUUCAUCAGUGCUUUGUCAAGAUGAUGACAUUUUUAUGUCUUCUCAAGAGACAUUGGGACAACAUGUUCUCUGUUCACCUAUCUAUAUUUCACAGCCAGAUGCAGUGGAUCCUGAUGUUGUAUUGCAGGAAGAUGACUUACUUGGAUCAGUUUCCAAGAAAGAGAGCAGAGUCAAUGCCCUUUUGGAUGAGUUACUAUCUGAUAACUGUGAGAAUUUGGAUGGCGAUGAGCCAUUAUCUUUCUUUCAGAAGCACUUGCAGAUCAAAGCUCUUGAUUUUGACAAACUAUGUCCUCCUAACUUUCAUGAUGUUGGGAAGAAUAAUCUUCUGGACUUUGGUGAAAAGCUGAAGAUGCCUCAGGCUACAGUUCCAGAUAUACAUAAUGUGGUGAAAAGGAUGAGUGGGAAAACACCUGUAAAGCACAAAGAGGUGGUGGAAAAUCCUAUUGAUUCUCCAUCUUUGCCCACUCCACCAAAAAGUUCAUUUGCUUCACUAUCUAUAUUUCAAAAGGAUGCUUUACAGCAAUAUCUAUCAGAUGAUGAAUUCUCAGUUCUUGAUCUGUCAGCAGCCAGAAAAAAAUCACAUUGGUUUGAUACAAGGCCAGAGUUGAGGGCUUCAGGGACGUUGAAGUCAAUGAUAAUUGAAAAAUGUGGUACUAUGGUUGAUAUGGGGCAGGAAGAGUUGAUUAGAGGGCAUUCACUUCUCUUGUCUGAGAAAUCUGUCAAAUAUGACUCGUGCAAAAUCAGAGUUGAUAUUGAUGUUGGAACUAGUGAAUCUCAAAAUGGCUUUAAAGAAAAGAAUGAGUGUGGGAUUAUGGCUGAUAGGGUUAUGGAUGAUAAUGACAGUAGGCCUAAUACUGUUACUGAUCUUCUGGCAGACGGAGUCAAUAAAAUGGUGGAGAAUGUGCAGGUCGGAGAAAUAAGGCAGGAAGCACUGUCAUUAAACCAACUCAAUGCCAAUUUGAGUGAAUCACUCAAGCUUUCUACCAACUUUCAGACAGAUGGACCAAAUCAAAUGGAGGAGAAUGCUGAAGGCACACCACGUAAUACUGAAGCAGAAAUGAAUACUGAGGACCCAGCUGUAGAAAAUUUGGAGAGCAAUCAGAGUCACCCUGAUCAAUCAAGUCCUGCUGCAGCUAGAUCCUGUGCCGUGCGUGGACCCUCCAAAAUCUCUGAUUUUAUUCCAUUACAACAUGACGAAACAUCAAGGGUGUCUCUGAAUCAACAAAGUAAAUCAAAAAGACCUCGAUUGGGGGAUCGUGAACUGAGAGCGCUUUCUUGUAGACUGAACCUUGCAGGUGUGCUUUCUUGUAGACUGAACCUUGCAGGGGCUGGUACAUAUUGGAAAUCUGGGGUAAGGCAGAGCAACAGAAUCAAGAUGAGGCCUUUGGAGUACUGGAAAGGUGAAAGAUUUCUAUAUGGCCACAUGCGUGAAGAUCAAUCAAGUCCUGCUGCAACUGGAUCCUCUGCCAUGGGUGGACCCUCCAAAAUCCUAGAUGUUAUUCCACAGAACAUUCAGGAACCAUCAAGGGUAUCAAUGAAUCAGCAAAGUAAAAGAACGAGUCCUCAAUUGGGGGAUUACAGAACCAAAGUGCUUUCUUGUAGGCAGAGCCUUGCAGGGGCUGGUACAACUGGGAAAGAUGGGGUAAGACGGAGAAACAGAAUCAAGAUGAAGCCUUUGGAGUACUGGAAGGGUGAAGGAAUUCUAUAUGGCCACAAUCAUGAAGGCCUGACAACCAUAGUUGGGAUGAAAUACAUGUCCACCACAAAGGAUGAUGGAAAACCAGAUCUUAGCGUAAAAUCAGCAGCUCGGCCUUAGCUCUCCUUUGAUUCCCAUCUUCCACAACAAGAACAUCAGCGUUGGGCUUAGCUAAGAAAAGAUAUAAUCCUCUAAUAGAUUUUUCGUUCCUCUGGAUCAAGUACUUGUUCUACAUGGCAAUCAGAUACACUUAAUGCACGUUCUAUGUAUAGUGCAUAUUUUCUUUUUUGGGAAUUCUGAAAGCAUAGGUGACUUUCAGUCUUUGUUAUGUUUGCUUGGUGUUUAGACUGAUUUGCAAGGGAUUGAGCUUGCUGCUCCGUUUUGUUGUUAUCUUGUUGAAACCUCGCAAUCACUUUCAAGCAAAAGGCCUUUUGGGGCUGGGCGUUUGUAUGUGUGCUUGAAUUGGUGCUAAGAGGUUAUAGUGGGCGCGUAUAGUGCAAGUGGCUAUAGUAGUUUAUGAAUUAUUGUACAUGGAAGUUGAAGGGGCAGGGGCGGAGGGUGACGCCCAUUGUUGGAGGAGCUAGAGUUGAUAUAAUAAAUAGAAGGGAAAUUCUA